AUGAUUGCAUACGCUUCGGAUAGGAAAGCACGAUUCCGCACAGCUCAACCAGCCUCUGAUCCUGCCAAGACAUUGACCGAGCUGGGCGUCAUCAACCCAGACGAAAGCGACGUUGACUUUGUCUUGCACGCCUUCGACUCGGCCCUACCGUAUCUAGCAUCCAUUGGCUCUGAAGCUCAGUGGGGGACAGUGCUCUUCUCGGAGAAGCCCAAGGUUCGCGAAUCGUUCGCUGGGUACUUGCAGGACAGUUACAGUCUUAAUGCUAAUUCGGAACUCUCAGCCAGCAGCAACUUGGAGAGUUGGCAACAUCUCCUCAUCUACGAAGUCCAAACUGACCAAGGGUGGGCAAGAGUCGCAGCACAAGGUACCUCAACAAGUUUCCCAGACUACAUUCCGCAUGAUCUUAUCAGUGAUGAGCUGCGCAAAGCGACAGACUACCUCUAUCUCAACUACCUUAUCGUCGACAGAAGAACAGGCGAUCUGGCCAAAGGUGCGGGAAAUCAACUUGUGACUUUUGCUGUUGAGCAAGGCAAAGCACUCAAGAAGAGCAAGUUCUACGGGGACUGCUGGCGUGGCAAUCGUGAUGGCCUUAUGAAGUACUAUCAAAAACUAGGAUUCCAGCCGUUGGGCCCUUUCGACGUAAAAAAUAAGCAUGGGCCAGGCUUGCCUUGGACGGGAUAUCUCUUUUCGAAGACGUUAUGA